CACCUUUUGGGAUGAGCACUGGGUGUUGUAUGGAAACCAAUUUGACAAUAAAUUUCAUAAAAAAAUUUUUUUUAAAUGUGAUGACAAGAUUCUUUUUAAGAAAUAAAGAAAAGUAGGCUGGAAAGCUUCACAACUGAGGAAAACUGCUUGGAAACUGGGAGCAGUGAGGGUACCAGUGAUUGAGGUGGGGAACAAAUGCAAAAGAAAAAAAGAAAUAAACUUCAUGACAACUUAUAGCCCUUUGACCAGUACUUGAGAUAGGUAGAGUGACCUUCCUCAAGGAGCUUGGCUGUCUUGAUGCUAAUAGUUUGCUAGAGGCAAAAGGCAACCUUAGUUUGACAUUAGCCUGACCUCCAGGAUGCUAUAAAAAAAAUCUCUUUGGAAACUUUCUUUAUCUCUACCCAACCCACAAGAUAUAUGAUAGCGUUUAUCGUCCAAGCAUAUGGCCACUGAUCUACAUGUGAAGCGUCUCAUAACUAAGGUUUUACUAGACAGUAGUAAGUGACCUUUUCCUAACAACAGCUAGCACUGCAGGGUCCUAGAAACCUUGCUUCCAAAUUCCUUAGAGACUUAUGCUAUCCCUAACUACCUUCCCACUUGAAAGGACACAAUGAGCAACUCCUCACAACCCCAAUGCAGCUCUUCCUGCCCACAGGUCCUGACCCCACUUUAAUAAAACCAUCCUUUUAGCACUGAAGACAUCUAAAGAAUUCUUUCUUGACUGUUCACUCCCAAACCUCAACAUUUCACAUCAGUGACAAUGAGAUCUCUGUGGCUGCUCAGAACCCCCUUCAUAUGUGGCCUGCUCUGGGCUUUUUGUGCUCUGGGUACCAGGGCUGAGGAGCCAGGGGCAAACUUUUCCCAUCCCAACAGCAUGGGCCUGGAUAAGAACACAGUGCAUGACCAAGAGCAUAUCAUGGAGUAUCUAGAAGGUUUCAUCAACAAACCGGAGGUAGAGAUGUUCCCACAGGCACUGCACCUCCAUUAUUUCAAACUGCAUGAUUAUGACAGCAAUAAUUUGCUUGACAGCCUAGAACUUUCCACAGUCAUUGCUGGCAUCCAUAAGAAGGAAAAGGAACAGGCACCACCAAUGAGUGAAGCUGAACUGAUUAACUUAAUAGAUGGUGUUUUGAGAGAGAAUGACAAGAACAAUAAUGAAUGUAUUGACUGUGCUGAAUUUGCCAAAUCACUGAAAUAGACCUUGCUUGGCCAUCUAGUUAUAUGCAAAUGUGACCCAUUAUAAUGCGGCUGAACACUUUUGGUCAUGCGAAAUAACACAUUUCCAACUACUGCUAACUGCAUUUUGGUAAAAACCUGUAGCAGUUUACUACGCUGGGUUAAGAAACAGAAAUCAAGAGAAAUAGAAGAGAAAUGGGACAUAUUAUAGUCCCCAAGUACCGUUAAAUCUCUUAUUGGACAAGUGCUUGAUUAAAACAUCCUUUUAAAAAUGUUGGAUAAUUGGAGUGGAGUACUCAGGAACUUGACUGUGGAAUACUGCUGGUCUCUUGGUUUUCAUUCAUGCUACCUGAAAAGUAAGACAAGCUUUGUCAAGUGGACACAUUUUCACUAACAGUAAAGAAAUGGCAUGAAUGCCAAAUGUUUCCCUUGGAGUGACCUACAUCUUCAGAUACAUGUGGCCAGUAUUCUGGAAAGUUCCCCUGUCCUGAACAAUGAUUUGCCCUGGGCAAGUGAGUAUUAGACUAUUUCAAAGCAACAGCAUAAGGAGAAUGACAGAUAGUAAGUACGUUCAGCUAGCCGUAGAGUCUAAGAUUCUUUAUUUUCUGGCACUUUGGAAAUGAUACACCACUGACCUAUUAUUUUAGUUUUUAAGUAUUUACUAAAACUACUGUCACCUCUGUAUACUUUAUUUUGUGUCUUCCUAAACUUAGGAGAGACCUUAAAUUAAAAAAAAAAAGUUUUAUUCUAACCAUUAGCAAACAUUUUAGCUUUCUUAAUAUUUCUAUUUACCUUUUAUUUCUAGGGUUUGUUUUUGUGGUUUAGAAACUAUUAGUAAUGCAAGGACUGUAUCCUUCCUGCUCAAUGCAGAGGGGGUAAAGCUACUAGCUGGCCUUACUAAAGUGAGGAGGAAAAGGUCACCAAGCCUAGUGAGUAACCUGCUGCAAGCUGUAUUUAGAAGGAAUGGCGUUUUCAUUAUCUCUUCUAGUUUAAAUACGUGAAUUCUUUCAGAUCAGGAAAGAUUAGAAAAAAAGCCUAAAAACUCUUAACAGUGCAAAUCUCAGUAAUGGUUGAAAAUUAGAAGCAUUUGUAAUUUGGUUUAUUGGUUAUAGUAGACAUACUAUAAUACAAAAUCUGAAAUGAUGAUUGAAUGUGGAAGAAAAACUGCAUAGAAUUUUCUCUAAGACAUAUAGAGACGUUAAAAUAUUCUUAUAAGAAAACAUGUAUUUAUAAAAAUGGUUUCCUGUGUCAAGAAUUUUUGCUCUCAGAGCUGCAUUGUAAAGUAUUCUUGUAAUACCUAGUUACUUUGAAAGAUUUAUACAAUGAAUCUUUGAUAUAGGACCAAUAAAACUGAUAAAACUGAUAAACUAAAGAAACAAGGCAAAGUCAUUUUCAAUUUCUCUCUUGUUAGUGUGGAAAACAAAGCUAUCUAUAUUUUUUUAUUUUUCAUUUAGGAAAUUAUUAUUUUCAAUAUAGAAAUUGUAAUUCUUUUUUUUUAAUUUUUUUAAUG